UUGAACAUACAUUUCUCUGAUUGUACAAGGACACUUACUCAACCAGUGAAAAAGCAUAUGGUUGAGUGAUGGAGGUGGCCUAUGUUUGUGAGUGGGAGAAGAGACCCAAGAGCAACCACUAUCCUUCCAUCCCACUGGUGUGUGCCUGGUCCUGCAGGAACCUCGUUGCCUUCACCACAGACCAAAAAAUUGAGGAAGACGAGAAAGGUACACAAAUGUGCUUGGUACUGAUCUUGUGACCGUUUUGAUGUUGUGUGUUGCAAGAGCACAGUAGGAAUGUGAAAUCGAACAAAUCGCAUUGCCAGUAUCAGGUUUUCAUAUGUAACUCAAUGUAAUUCAUUUUGCAUAUGUAACUCAAUGCCUCGUGACUUCAUUAGCAGAACAUGCACUGCAGUAAUCACAGUGAUUUGCUUUAUUUCAGAAGUCAGUCAUAUGGUCCACAUCAUUGACACAGAGCACCCAUGGGAUGUGUACUCCAUUAACUCUGGACAUGGCGAGGUCAUAUCCUGUCUGGAGUGGGACCAAUCAGGUGGGUCAACAUAGUAGCAAUACCAAAACCACCACCCUUAAAGGUACAACUGCCCUAUCAGUCCAGAUAUACUGAUGUGGAACUCAAUACAAUGCCAAGAAGUGUCCCUAGUGUAUUGAGUUAACAUGUUGUGUGUGUGCAUGACUGCGUUCAUUCGUAGGUUCCAGGUUGCUGUCUGCUGAUGGAGAUGGGCAGAUCAAGUGCUGGGCGAUGGCAGAUCACCUGGUGAACAGCUGGGAGAGUUCACUAGGGAGUGCAGAGGACGGAGACCCCAUCAUAGCUCUGUCCUGGCUGCACAAUGGAGUCAAGCUGGCUCUGCAUGUGGAGAUGGUAAUGGACCACCAGCCUGUUCUCAUAUUCACACAGUCUACCAGCUCUUCUCAACUGUCUGUGUGGACCUUAUGAUUUAUUACCUUGUCAGUAUAAGUUUAAAGCUCUUUUUUUAUUUUACAUUUGAGUCAUUUAGCAGACGCUGUUAUCGAGAGCGACUUACAGGAGCAACUAAGGUUACGUGCCUUGCUCAAGGGCACAUCAACAGAAUGUUAACCUAGUCGGCUCAGGGAUUCGAACCAGCAACCUUUCGGUUACUGGCCCAACGCUCUUAACCUCUAGUCUAGGCUACCUCUUGAGAUAUGAGAUAUGCUGUACACUGGCUGUGGAGCACUGCACAUAACAGCAUUUAACAACCAUAAAACAAUAUAUACUGGGACAUAGAACUGUCAUUUGCCACUUAGUUCAUUGAAAUAUGCCACACCCCACUCUCUCUCUACCUCCUCCAAUCUUCCUCCCCCAGUCGGGCUCCACCAACUUCGGUGAGAAGUUCUCGCGGGUCAAGUUCUCGCCGUCGCUCACGCUGUUCGGGGGUAAGCCCAUGGAGGGCUGGCUGGCAGUGACUGUGAGCGGCCUGGUCACCGUGUCCCUGCUGAAGCCCAACGGUCAGCUGCUCACAGCCAGCGAGAGCCUGUGUCGCCUGAGGGGCCGCGUGGCCCUGGCUGACAUCGCCUUCACCGGCGGGGGUAAUAUUGUGGUGGCGGCCACGGAUGGCAGCAGCUCAUCACCUGUGCAGUUCUACAAGGUAGGUAUUAGCUAGCGAUGAUAUUACACAAUUAUAUUUGUUAUUCUUAUUGUUACUGGCUAACACCAGAAUGCAAAUGCUUUUUAUUUUCUUGUAAAGAGGGUUUACCGUCCGAUAAUAUGAAGUUUUACUCCAACAUCAGUUAUUAAGUACUGCUAGUAUCGCAAUAAUAUUAUCACUGACUUGUCGUGAUGUACAAUGUCCAUUGUCGUCCCAACUCUACAUCAAGGUGUGCGUGAGCGUGGUCAACGAGAAGUGUCGCAUCGACACUGAGCUGCUGCCCUCGCUCUUCAUGCGCUGCACCAUGGACCCGGUCAGGAGGGACAAGUACCCGGCUGUCACACACCUCAAGUUCCUCACCAGGGAGAACUCUGAGCAGGUGAGAGACACACACUGUGAACACGUUGCUUUCCAAGUGUCCUUUAUUCUGAAUUCUUUCCAGCUUUAUCACUUACCAGUAUGCCAAAUGUGCAUUCAAACAGUGUAGUGUAUAUGGGACUAAACCGCGAUAUGAAUACUCUUUUAGGUGCUGCUGUGUGCCUCCAGUCAGACGGGCAGCAUUGUAGAGUGCUGGUCAUUGCGGAAGGAAGGCCUCCCUGUCAAUAACAUAUUCCAACAUCGUUCACCAGUAGGUAAGGCAGAGAACGAUAAACCAAGGAAGAGCACACUCUAAACCCAAUUAUAAGUAUUAUUGUAUGUCACUAAUAGGGGGCAUUUCAAUAGUUUUUAAAGUUGUUUCCAAUUGUUGGCCACUUUAAAGAACCUUUUAGGCAUCCUCCAUUUUGUUUUCAGAUCAAUACAGUUAAAGGAAAGGAGACCAGUACAUGAUUCUACAAUUGAGAUGCCCCAUAAAGACACACCCCUUUCCCCUCUCCUUCCCCACAGUGGGCGAGAAACAGCCAAUGAUCCUGAAAUGGCGCAUCCUGUCGGCCACCAAUGACCUGGACCGCGUGUCGGCCGUGGCUCUGCCCAAGCUGCCCAUCUCCAUCUCCAACACUGACCUAAAGGUGGCGUCGGACACCAAGUUCUGCCCAGGCCUCGGUAUGUGCUGAUGCCAAAUAACCUGUCAUUGCCCCUCCACAUCUACUAUUGAGCACUUCAGGUGGCAGCAUACACCUUUACAGAAUGUUGGUUUGCAGCACUAUUAAACAUGCCAAAGAAGAAGUAGUUCUAUGCUCAAGAAACAUGGUAGGGAAGUGGUACCUACAUGGAUGUGUCCCACACAACAUAGUGGUAACAUGACACAUUGAUGCAUAAUGGCAGAGAAAGUGAUGAGUGGAAUGUCCCUGUCUGUCUGUGUGCUGUGUUGUCCCUGUCUGUGUGCUGUGUUGUCCCUGUCUGUGUGCUGUGUUGUCCCUGUCUGUGUGCUGUGUUGUCCCUGUCUGUGUGCUGUGUUGUCUGUGUGCUGUGUUGUCCCUGUCUGUGUGCUGUGUUGUCCCUGUCUGUGUGCUGUGUUGUCCCUGUCUGUGUGCUGUGUUGUCCCUGUCUGUGUGCUGUGUUGUCCCUGUCUGUGUGCUGUGUUGUCCCUGUCUGUGUGCUGUGUUGUCCCUGUCUGUGUGCUGUGUUGUCUGUGUGCUGUGUUGUCCCUGUCUGUGUGACGUGUUGUCCCUGUCUGUGUGACGUGUUGUCCCUGUCUGUGUGCUGCUGGGGUCCAUCUCAAUGCCUCCCUCUGGAGAUCAAUAAAUUGAAUUCAAUUGUUUGUGAUUCUGUGUGGUGGUCCCUCCCAGGCCUGGCCCUAGCCUUCCAUGAUGGCAGUAUCCAGAUCCUCCACCGGCUGUCCCUCCAAACCAUGGGCGUGUUCUACGGCUCCUCCUCGGGCUCCUCCCAGCGGCCCGGGGAUGAGCCGGCCAUCAAGCGGCAGCGCGCCGGCAGCCCAACCGUCCACUUCAAGGCCCUGCAGUUCUCCUGGACCUCACUGGCCCUGGCCGGAGUGGACAACCACGGCAAGGUGAGAGUGCAGCAAUGCGUUCAGAUCCGUUGACUGUGGAGUGACCUUAAAUGUCACACACAGUACGAUAUCAGCACGUCAUCACCCUUUUAUGAAGACGGUGAAAAGGCUACUCCGGAUUUGAUGUUGUAAAGCUUAGAUGGCUUACGUUUUUGAUAAAGGGAAACAUUUCUAAUUUUUUACCGUCAAUGUCCCUUGAAUACACACCCCAGCCAUUGGUGUUAAAUCUUACAGGAGUCUAUGAUCUGCAGGCAAUAACGUAUGAAAAAAGAAAAUGUUCCUCUCGUACAACAGCAAGCUGUCCAUGUCCUUAUUCAUGGUUUUUGAAUCCAUCCCGGGCCAUCCCUCAGAUAGGAACAAUAUUUGUAUCCAUAUUUUUACAUCUCUCUUUUGGCUCUUCUUCCCUCAGCUGCACAUGAUCCGCGUUUCUCCGUCCAUGGGCCUGAUGCUGGACAUGAACACACUGCUGCGCCACCUGCUGUUCCUACUGGAGUACUGCAUGGUGACUGGCUACGACUGGUGGGACGUGCUGCUCCAUGUGCAGCCGAGCAUGGUCCAUAACCUGGUGGAGAAGCUGCAUGAGGAGUACAUGAGACAGAACCAAGCCCUGCAGCAGGUAUGUGGACCAUGAGGAGACAGAUCCAAGCCCUGCAGCAGGUAGGUGGACCAUGAGGAGACAGAACCAAGCCCUGCAGCAGGUAGGUGGACCAUGAGGAGACAGAACCAAGCCCUGCAGCAGGUAGGUGGACCAUGAGGAGACAGAACCAAGCCCUGCAGCAGGUAUGUGGACCAUGAGGAGACAGAACCAAGCCCUGCAGCAGGUAUGUGGACCAUGAGGAGACAGAACCAAGCCCUGCAGCAGGUAGGUGGACCAUGAGGAGACAGAACCAAGCCCUGCAGCAGGUAGGUGGACCAGGGUCGUGUUCAGUAGGGCACAACAUAGCAAAAAUGUUUUGCAACAGGAAAUUGAAUUAUACAGUAUGUUCUUAUUGGACAAAUUCGGGUAGUACUUGUCAUUUCAAUACACAACCCAGGGAUCCCCGCUGCAUGGCAUUCGGUCAGACAGACUAAAAUCUGUUGAUAACAAAUUUGUGACAAUGGAUGGAGGUGUUUUUGUUUAUUUGUUUUUCUAAUAUCCAGUGUCUGUGUUUGGUAGGUGCUCUCGACACGUAUCGUGGCGGUUAAGGCCUCCCUCUGUAAGCUGUCGUCGGCCACGGCAGCGCGAGCCUGCGACUUCCACGCCAAGCUCCUCCUCAUCGCCAUUAGCUCCACCCUGAAGUCCCUGCUAAGGCCCCACGUCCUCAACACUCCAGACAAGAGCCCCGGGGACAGGCUGGCAGAGAUAUGCGCCAAAAACACUGACACUGGUAGGAGGACUAGCAUCACUACCAUUUAUACUUGUAUAAUCAAUGAAUAGACGGAUCCCACUUCUGACACCAAUUUCACUUAAAGUGAGGCUGGAAAAAGGAAUUCUUGUCAGUUUGAACUGAAUGGGAUUUGUACAUGGUGGCCUAUUAUUGUUGAACAGACUCUAGGCGAAGGCUGCCUUAUUUGCCCCCCUAUCAGCUUGCUAGUAUCUACAGUGUGUGUCGUUUUAUUUCAAGACUUCAGUGAUUCUGGUGAAGAUUGACCCCCCCCCCUCCUCCGUAGAUAUCGAUAAGGUGAUGAUCAACCUGAAGACAGAGGAGUUUGUGUUAGACGGCCCCCCGCUCCAGUCUCUGCAGCAGCUCAUCCAAUGGGUGGGAGACUUUGUGCUGUACCUGAUGGCCAACCUGCCCAAUCAGGUGGGUUCCCAGUACACCACACAUUUUGUUUUUGUAGAUUCACUCGUACAUUUUUAUGAAUAGAGCUACCAAUGUAGGCCUUUCACAACGAGCUACCAAUGUAGGCUUCACAACGAGCUGAAAAAGGGUGCGUUGUUGCUCCAGAAAAACUUUUACACAAGAUAUGAUAUUAAAAGAAUGUAAUGUUCAAUCAAAUGUAGGGCUGGUGCUAGUAUAGAGUGUGUCCAUAUUAAUCUGUCUGUCCUUCAGUGCUGUCUACCUCUGUAUUAACCUGUGUCCUCUCUCAGGGCUCCAUCGUGCGUCCAGGCUUUGGGUUCCUGCGCGACGGUUGGUCCCUGGGUAUGCUGCGGGAGAUGAUGGUGAUGAUCCGCAUCUGGGGCCUGCUGAAGCCUGGCUGCCUGCCCAUCUACACAGCCACCUCGGACAACCAGGACAGCAUGUCGCUGCUCUUCCGCCUGCUCACCAAGCUCUGGCUCUGCUGUAAGGAUGAGGAGAACGUGUAGCUGUGGACUAUAUAUUAUGUGUCUGUGGGUAUGUGGGGUUAAAUGUGCCAGAGAUACCUUAGGUUAUAACAGUGUCGUCUGUCUGUAUAUCAGUCUACUCAGUCCAUUCUGCUGUGUCUCUUUAGACCUUAUAUCAAUCUAUGUACGUGUUCCUAUGUGUACCUGGCUUUCACCCACAUAUCCCCCUCCCAAUCCCCCUACCAGCUCGGGAUGAGGGCCACCCCCAGGAGCCAGAUGAGCCGCUGAUAGACGAGUGCUGCCUGCUGCCCAGCCAGCUGCUGGUGCCCAGCAUGGACUGGCUGCCCGUCAACGACGGCAUCAUCUGCAAGCUACAGGGCAAGCACCCGCUGCGGCUUCAGUUUGGCAAACCUUACAGCCUGCCAGGUCUCAACUCCACAGCCCAGGUGGAGGUCUUCUCCAGGUAAGAGUGAGGCCUCAGGAGAGGGCUAGCUGGUAUUCAGGGGAAAGGUUGUCUACCACCUGGUAGGCUCUUUAGGGUUAGAAUUAGGUGUAGUGCUCUUGGCCGUGGCAGUGAACUACAUUUGGCCCACAUGGCACACAGUUGUCCUUUUGACAAUGUUUGUGGUAAAUGUGCUUCUUCUUAAUAUUGCUAAUAUUUCAGUCAAAGCUCAGGUGAAGCCUUCCUGACAGAUGCCAUUGGUCAAUAUAUUAAUUGUGCGUGUCUAGGAGCCCGGGGGUCCAGAGGAUGGAUAAUCUACGUUGUCUCUACAUGGGUGUCUGCCCCACAGAGGACAGCAAAGCCUGUACCAGGUCAGAACCCAUACCACUUCCUCUAUCACCUACUCCCCAACACUUUUCCUUCAUUUUUAUAUCAUUCUACCGUUUUUUUCCCGGUCUUGCUUUUUCAGUCUGACCAUGCCUGUGUUGACAUUCACUCUCUCUUUGCCUACCUUUCUUUUGGUGUCUUUCCACCUUCUUUAUUUUGCUCUCUUUCUCUUCCUCUCUUCCUCUCUCUCUCCAUCUCUCUCUUCCUCUCUCUCUCCAUCUCAGGUGUGGCUGUGUGACUAUGCUCCGCUCGCCCAACAAGACCAACGCCAUGAAGCAGUGGGAGCAGCGCUGGAUCAAGAACUGCCUUUGCGGAGGCCUCUGGAGAAGGAUCCCCUCCACACUGUCAUGAGAUCUGUCAACGGAGACCACUAUCAACGCAAACCCUGAUCUCAGGUCAGCCUUUGGACAGUAGCCUGCAUGACGCUGCUGCCUCUUAGCAGAUAUCUUUGGAGGACAAGUACUGGAUAUCCAUACGGUUGUGUUUCAAAGAUGGCUAUUUGGAGAGGCUGUGAUCAUGGCGUCAUUGUUUUCUACCUGUAAAUAGGAACCAUGUGUUUUUUUAUGUCUCUUUUUAUAUUCAAACCCGUGUCAAGAAAAUAAAGUUUAUUUGGGGACCUUAUGGUUGAGAGGUGUGGCUUUUCUGUUCGACUCCUAUUUGAGAUCUGGAUGCUUUUGCUCAUAUUUUCAUGUAAAUAUUGCAUUGAUGUCAAUGGGAGAUGUGCGCAAUAAUGAGCGUUUGGCUCUUGGUGGAUGAUUUGUGUGUUAGAUGUAGUUAGAAUGUAGCGCCACUGGGUGGCUCUAGACGUCUUGUGCAUAGAGCCUAAUCUGGUUUUAGUCUUGUCAUGUGCACCAGGGAUUAGACGAAGGAACUAGUAAUGAGAAGGAUUAAUUUAAGAUGGGUUUUAUAUCAAAAUGAUGGGUUUACGUCACACUCCACGAAGAGGUUCCAUUUAAUAAAAAAGCAGAGAUGUUCCAAAUGCAAAUUAUUUUGGUCAUCAAAAAGAAAGGAGGACCAAGGCACUCUUCAUAUAAUUCAUUAAAAUGUAUUUAUUUGUAUGGCAUGUUCACUGGAAACAAAGAUUAAAAACUCUGACGCUUAUCGGCUGCAUGGCCUUCGUCAGGGAGUACAAAGAUAUGAUAAUACAAUGUCCUCUUUUGAACAGCUUUUUCCAAUCAACCCUGAUUUGAAGAGGGAGUGGUUACAGAAUUCAUUGGACAACACCUAUUAAGCAAUACUAUACACAUUAAAAAGUGAAAUACUGUAGAUAUGUUAUCAAAAUGCUUCACAAGGCUAGAAGCAUCAGAACCCCUAAAAAGGUAGUUCUAACCUUGAAUAUAAUAAUAAUAUGCCAUUUAGCAGACGCUUUUAUCCAAAGCGACUUACAGUCAUGCGUGCAUACAUGUUUUGUUUUUUUGUGUAUGGGUGGUCCCGGGGAUCGAACCCACUACCUUGGCGUUACAAGCGCCGUGCUCUACCAGCUGAGCUACAGAGGACCACAAUCAACCCUGGGCAAAGUGUUAAGAAUAGGAGAGCCAUCUAUUUUAUAGUACACAAGAACACAGCAAAAAUGUCUGAUGAUUGUGUAAGGGUCUUGUCUAAAGGACUGUCGUUUGCCCCCACAUACUCAACUAAUGAAUUCAAUACAGAGAUCGACCUAUUUCGUUUCUACAGGAAUCUACAUCUGAAGGCCUGGCACAAUAAAAACAUCUCUCCAACUACAGACACCAGUGUUUCAGGUCAGGCAGUUCUGUGCCCUUAAAAACACCUUUUAAGCCCAACUCAACCUUUUGUCCCAUUGUCCAGAAUGCCACACUAAAUACAUUUGCAAAGAAGGUGAAUUUUGAUGUGGAGAAUCUGUUAAGGGUCAAAUUUACUCUAACCAAACAUGAUGUAACCUUUCUAAGACAGAGAGGGAUGCAGUUGAAUCAUUGUCCAAAAAUGGAUGGAUUGUGGUUAAAAAAGCAGACAAAGGUGGGGCUACAGUAGUGUGGAGUAAAGACAAAUAUGUGACAGAAGCCUAUCGUCAAUUAGACAAUGAUGAAUUCUACCAAUAUCUUACCUUCAACCCUACAGAGGACCUAAAAACUGAAUUGAAAGGGAUCCUCACAGAAGCUAAGGAGAACGGCUACAUUUCAGACAAUGAGUUGAAAUGUAUUUUCAAUGUCAGUGCGGCUUCUUUUUAUCUUCUUCCAAAAGUCCACAAGAAUCUUGAAAACCCCCCAGGUAGACCAGUCAUUAGUGCUAAUGAAGGUCUGACAGAACCCAUCUCCAAGUACAUUGAUUACUUUCUUAAGCCUUUUCUGCCGUCACUCCCAGCCUAUCUUUAAGAUACCACAGAUAUGUUGAACAAAAUUAAGAAAUUGAACAAUAUAGGUACAGCUUCCUUUUUAGUCACCAUGGAUGUGUAGUCUCUAUACACCACCAUUGAACAUGAUCAAGGAUUGGCAGCUAUGCACUGUUUCUUGAGUACCCGGUCUGAGACCGAUGCCUCCCACAGAAUUCAUUGUCUCACUGACUGAAUGGACUCUUAUUAAUAACAUCUUUCAGGACCGUAUUUUUAAACAAGUCAAAGGAUGUGCCAUGGGAGCUCGCUACAGCCCUUCCUAUGCUGGUUUGUACUUAGGUAAGGUGCCUUGCAAAAGUAUUCAUCCCCAUUGUCGUUUUUCCUAUUUUGUUGCAUUACAACCUGUAAUUGAAAUUGAUUUUUUUUUGGAUUUCAUGUAAUAGACAUACACAAAAUAGUCAAAAUUGGUGAAGUGAAAUGAAAAAAAUAACUUGUUUCAAAAAAUUCUAAAAAAUAAGUAACGGAAAAGUGGUGCGUGCAUAUGUAUUCACCCCAUUUGCAAUGAAGCCCCUAAAAAAGAUCUGGUUCAACCAAUUACUACCUUCAGAAGUCACAUAAUUAGUUAAAUAAAGUCCACCUGUGUGCAAUCUAAGUCUCACAUGAUCUCAGUAUAUAUACAUCUGUUCUUAAAGGCCCCAGAGUCUGCAACACCACUAAGCAAGGGGCACCACCAAGCAAGCGGCACCAUCAAGACCAAGGAGCUCUCCAAACAGGUCAGGGACAAAGUUGUGGAGAAGUAAAGAUCAGGGUUGGGUUAUAAAAAAAUAUCAGAAACUUUGAACAUCCCACGGAGCACCAUUAAAUCCAUUAUUAAAAAAUGGAAAGAAUAUGGCACCACAACAAACCUGCCAAGAGAGGGCCGCCCACCAAAACUCACGAACCAGGCAAGGAGGGCAUUAAUCAGAGAGGCAACAAAGAGACCAAAGAUAACCCUGAAGGAGCUGCAAUGCUCCACAGAGGAGAUUGGAGUAUCUGUCCAUAGGACCACUUUAAGCCGCACACUCCACAGAGCUGGGCUUUACGGAAGAGUGGGCAGAAAAAAGCCAUUACUUAAAGAAAGCAAUUGCCAAAAGGCAUGUGGGAGACUCCCCAAACAUAUGGAAGAAGGUGCUCUGGUCAGUUGAGACUAAAAUUGAGCUUUUUGGCCAUCAAGGAAAACGCUAUGUCUGGCGCAAAACCAACACCUCUCAUCACCACGAGAACACCAUCCCCACAGUGAAGCAUGGUGGCGGCAGCAUCAUGCUGUGGGGAUGUUUUUCAUCGGCAGGGACUGGGAAACUGGUCAGAACUGAAGGAAUGAUGGGUGGCGCUAAAUACAGGGAAAUUCUUGAGGGAAACCUGUUUCAGUCUUUCAGAGAUUUGAGACUGGGAUGGAGGUUCACCUUCCAGCUGGACAAUGACCCUAAGCAUACUGCUAAAGCAACACUUGUGUGUUUUAAGGGGAAACAUUUAAAUAUCUUGGAAUGGCCUAGUCAAAGCCCAGACCUCAAUCCAAUUGAGAAUCUGUGGUAUGACUUAAAGAUUGCUGUACACAAGCGGAACCCAUUCAAUUUGAAGGAGCUGGAGCAGUUUUGCCUUGAAGAAUGGGCAAAAAUCCCAGUGGCUAGAUGUGCCAAGCUUAUAGAGACAUACCCCAAGAGACUUGCAGCUGUAAUUGCUGCAAAAUGUGGCUCUACAAAGUAUUGACUUUGGGGGGGGGUGAAUAGUUAUGCAUGCUCAAGUUUUCUGUUUUUUUGUCUUAUUUCAUGUUUGUUUCACAAUAAAAAAUAUUUUGCAUCUUCAAAGUGGUAGGCAUGUUGUGUAAAUCAAAUUAUACAAACCCUCAAAACAUCAAUUUUAAUUCCAGGUUGUAAGGCAACAAAAUAGGAAAAAUGCCAAGGGGGGUGAAUACUUUCGCAAGCCACUGUAAAUGGCAAAAUGACUUCAUUUUGGAUCCUUCUAAAAAACAGUUAUUUGACUCGAUUAUAUGGUGGGGACACUAUAUUGAUGAUGUUUGCCUGUUCUGGUCUGGCUCAGAAGAUGAACUUAUUUGCUCCCACCAAGACCUUAACAGCAUUAACCCUAACAUCAAACUAACUAUGGAGUACAGCAAGGAUAACAUUCAUUUUCUGGACCAUUUUUGGAUCAGUAAAAAUGACAAAGGCUGUUUGCACACAUCAAUCUUUAGGAAGCCUACAGAUGGGAACAUCAUUCUGAGGGCAGACAUCUUCCACCCCAAAAGGCUAAAAGAGAACAUUCCAUACGGCCAAUUCCAAAGAGCCCGCAGAAUUUGCGAUCAGGAAACAGACUACAGUGUCAAAUCGGGGCUACAGCGCUCAGGUCCUGAAAGAUGCAGGUAUAAAGGCCGGACGACUUGUCAGAGAGAACUUGGUGCGAAGGGGAGCGCCUUGCGAUGCACCAGAGAGAGUGUACUUUGUUACAAAAUACAACACUGAAGCAGAGAACAUUAAAAUAAUCAUUAAAAAGAAUUGGGGAAUCAUCCAAAGUAAGACGCUACUAUGCCAAGUCUUUCCUGAGCCACCAGUCAUAAGCUUUAAGAGAUGUCCUACCCUAAAUGACAAAUUAGUCCACAGCUAUCUUCCUGGUGACUAUCAAAAAAUGUGUCUAGACCACAAAAACAUGGGCUCUUUUAAAUGCAACCAGUGCAACUAUUGCAGAAAUAUUGCACAGAAAAAGUAUUUGUUGACAUAGCUUCUAAAAUUGAGUAUUAAGUCAAGCAUUUAAUUAACUGCAAAACCACUCAUGUCUUCUACAGAUUGGAAUGUCCACAGUGCAAGGUGUUCUACAUUGGACGGACAAAGAGAUGCCUUCAAGACCGCUUAGCGGAGCACAAGUAUGCCAUAUGGGUAGGCAAUGAAGACUACCCCAUGGCAAGGCACUACAAGUCCUUACACCAUGGUAACCCUGCCUCCCUACAAGCUAUGGGUAUUGAUGUUCCGGCCUCAAUUAGAAAAGGGGAUCGUCUUAAACAGCUAAACCAAAGGGAACGUUUUUGGAUUUACAAACUACAGGCCACUAAGUACCCUGGUUGAAAUGAAGAUAUGGAUUUUUCACCUUUCCUGUAGGCUCAUGAGAGGUCUCUUUGCUGUCAUCUAGUGGACAUUUUGCUCCAUUGCCCUCAGCUAUGUUUAGACGGUUGUGGUCAAUGUUUACUGUGUCCUUGUGUAUUAUAAAAUAGAUGGCUCUCCUAUUCUUAACACUUUGCCCAGUCAUAUUCAAGGUUAGAACUACCUUUUUAGGGGUUCUGAUGCUUCUAGCUUUGAGAUGCAUUUUUUACAACAUAUCUACAAUAUUUCACUUUUUAAUGUGUAUAGUAUUGCUUACUAGGUGUUGUCCAAUGAAUUCUGUAACCACUCCCUCUUCAAAUCAGGGUUGAUUGGAAAAAGCUGUUCAAAAGAGGACAUUGUAUUAUCAUAUCUUUGUACUCCCUGACGAAGGCCAUGCAGCCGAUACGCGUCAGAGUUUUUAAUCUUUGUUUCCAGUGAACAUGCCAUACAAAUAAAUACAUUUUAAUGAAUUAUAUGAAGAGUGCCUUGGUCCUCCUUUCUUUUUGAUGACCAAUUUACCCAUUUUACCAAAGAGCACCUUCUGUCUACCAGAAUCUACUAUUGUGUACCUGAGCAGCACCUUCUGUCUACCAGAAUCUACUAUUGUGUCCCUGAGCAGCACCUUCUGUCUACCAGAAUCUACUAUUGUGUCCCUGAGCAGCACCUUCUGUCUACCAGAAUCUACUAGUAUGUCCCUGAGCAGCACCUUCUGUCUACCAGAAUCUAUUAUUGUGUCCCUGAGCAGCAGCUUCUGUCUACCAGAAUCUACUAUUGUGUCCCUGAGCAGCACCUUCUGUCUACCAGAAUCUACUAUUAUGUCCCUGAGCAGCACCUUCUGUCUACCAGAAUCGACUAUUGUGUCCCUGAGCAGCAGCUUCUGUCUACCAGAAUCUACUAUUGUGUCCCUGAGCAGCACCUUCUGUCUACCAGAAUCUACUAUUAUGUCCCUGAGCAGCACCUUUUGUCUACCAGAAUUGACUAUUGUGUCCCUGAGCAGCACCUUCUGUCUACCAGAAUCUACUAUUGUGUCCCUGAGCAGCACCUUCUGUCUACCAGAAUCUACUAUUGUGUACCUGAGCAGCACCUUCUGUCUAGCAGAAUCUACUAUUGUGUCCCUGAGCAGCGCUUCCCUUCCUUCUUUUUUUCUACAGUCAUAUCUCAGUCAUUGAAAUAGCGGGAGUGAAAUUGACUGUCUAGUCUGGCCGUCCUCGAACGAUAGUCUAGCCAAAACUGGGUGAAGUGUCAGUAUUUAUUUAAUUUACCACAAGAUUCGAUUUCAAGGCAUGGUUUUUUACUUUAAUCUAUAUCAUUUUAUGUCCGUCUCCAAUCCUGUAUCCUCCCUGAGGCAACCAAGACAAGUGACAUUAGAUUGAUGUAGCCAGGAAUGUCUCAGUCAACCAAUUCUACCAGAGAGAAUCGUCUGUUUCUUUCCCAAGAGUAUAAAGGCAAAGCAAUUAGCACUCAAAUCAAUAUUUCCUUGAAAUCACUGUAUUACAUAAUAUAAGCAGAUCAGCUUGGUUCACCCCAUAAAACUAGAAAGAUAUUAGACGACCUCUCCUCUCCUUUCAGCCACCAAUAAAGCACCUCCUACUGUUGGCACACUGCCCACUUCAGCUAAACCCCUUCAGAUGAAUUCUGUGCUUUCACUAUCUCUCUCUCUGUUGUGGUUGGCUGCUAGCCCUCACAGCGCCUGCACACGAUCUGGUCAUCUCAAUGUGGGCACCUUUCUAAUGUGAAACCAAAGGCCAUUUUAAAAGACAAAAUGAAAUUAUCUGUCUGUGUGCCGUGUAAGUACAUUUUACAUCUAGCCUAAAUGAGACUUGACAUCCUUCCACAACAGUAACCCAACAAAUAUCAAGCAAUAUUUAUCGUGUUGCACAAUAAAGUUUUAUUCUAUUUAGUUCUGUUAUACAGUGCAAUGGGAAAUUAUUCAGACACCUUUUUCCACAUUUUGUUACGUUACAGCCUUAUUCUAAAAUGUAUGUAAUUAUUUUUUUCCUCAUCAAUCUACAUACAAUACCCCAUAAUGACAAAGCGAAAAAAGGUUUUUAGAAAUGUUUGCAAAUUUAUUAAAAAUAAAAAACAGAAAUACCUUAUUUACAUAAGUAUUCAGACCCUUUGCUAUGAGACUCGAAAUUGAGCUCAGGUGCAUCCUGUUUCCUUUGAUCAUCCUUGAGAUGUUUCUACAACUUGAUUGGAGUCCACCUGUGGUAAAUUCCAUUGAUUGGACAUGUUUUGGAAAGGCACACACCUGUCUAUAUAAGGUCCCACAGUUGACAGUGAAUGUUAGAGCAAAAACCAAGCCAUGAGGUCGAAGUAAUUGUCCGUAGAGCUCCGAGACAGGAUUGUGUCGAGGCACAGAUCUGGGGAAGGGUGCCAAAACAAUUCUGCAGGAUUGAAUGUCCCCAAGAACACAGUGGCCUCCAUCAUUCUUAAAUGGACAAAGUUUGAAACAUCAAGACUCUUCCUAGAGCUGGCCGCCCAGCCAAACUGAGCAAUCGGGGGAGAAGGGCCUUGGUCAGGGAGGUGACCAAGAACACGAUGGUCACUCUGACAGAGCUCCUGAGUUCCUCUGUGGAGAUGGGAGAACCUUCCAGAAGGACAGCACUCCACCAAUCAGGACUUUAUGGUAGAGUGGCCAAGUGGAAGCCACUCCUCAGUAAAAGGCACAUGACAGCCUGCUUGGAGUUUGCCAAAAGGCACCUAAAGGACUCUCAGACCAUGAGAAACAAGAUUCUCUGGUCUGAUGAAACCAAGAUUGAACUCUUUGGCCUGAAUGCCAAGCGUCACGUCUGGAGGAAACCUGGCACCAUCCCUACGGUGAAGCAUGGUGGUGGCAGCAUCAUGCUGUGGGGAUGUUGUUCAGCGGCAGGGACUGGAAGACUAGUCAGGAUUGAGGGAAAGAUGAACGGAGCAAAGAACAGAGAGAUCCUUGAUGAAAACCUGCUCCAGAGCGCUCAGGACCUCAGACUGGGGUGAAGGUUCACCUUCCAACAGGACAACGACCGUACGCACACAGCCAAGACAAUGCAGGAGUGGUUUCGGGACAAGUCUCUGAAUGUUCUUGAGUGGCCCAGCCAGAACCCGGACUUGAACCCGAUCGAUAAUCUCUGGAGGGACCUGAAAACUGCUGUGCAGCGACGCUCCCCAUCUAACCUCACAGAGCUUGAGAGGAUCUGCAGAGAAGAAUUUGAGAAACUCCCCAAAUACAGGAGUGCCAAGCUUGUAGCGUCUUACCCAAGCAGAAUAGAGUCUGUGAUCGCUGCCAAAGGGGCUUCAACAAAGUACUGAGUAAAGGGUCUGAAUACUUAAGUAAAUGUGAUAUUUCCGUUUUUUUGUAUUUUUAUAAAUGAGUAAAAAUUUCUAAAACCUGUUUUUGCUUUGUCAUUAUGGGGUAUUGUGUGUAGAUUGAUGAGGGGAAAAAUAUUUCUUAUCAAUUUUAGAAUAAGGCUGUAACGUAACAACUUGUGGAAAAAGUCUGUACCCCACACAUACAAUUAUCUGGAACGUCCCUCAGUUGAGCAGUGAAUUUCAAACACAGAUUCAACCACAAAGACCAGGGAGGUUUUCCAAUGUCUCACAAGGAAGGGCACCUAUUGGUAGAUGGGUAAAAAAACACACAAAAAAACAGACAUUGAAUAUCCCUUUGAGCAUGGUGAAGUUAUUAAUUACACUUUGGAUGGUGUAUCAAUACACCCAGUCACUACAAAGAUACAGGCGUCCUUCCUAACUUAGUUGCCGGAGAGGAAGGAAACCGCUCAGGGAUUUCACCAUGAGGCCAAUGGUUACUUUAAAACAGCUACAGAGUUUAAUGGCUGUGAUAGGAGAAAACUGAGGAAGGAUCAACAACAUUGUAUUUACGCCACAACACUAACCUAAAUGACAGAUUGAAAAGAAGGAAGCCUGUACAUAAUACAAAUAUUCCAAAACAUGCAUCCUGUUUGCAAUAAGGCACUAAAGUAAAACUGCAAAAAAUGUGGCAAAGAAAUAAACUUUCUGUCAUGAAUACAAAGCGUUACGUUUGGGGUAAAUCCAAUACAACACAUCACUGCGUACCACUUUUCAUAUUUUCAAGCAUGGUGGUGGCUGCAUCAUGUUAUGGGUAUGCUUGUCAUCGGCAAGGAAUAGAGAGUUUUUUUUUGGAUAAAAAUUAACUUGAUAGAGCUAAGCACAGGCAGAAUCCUAGAGGAAAAUCUGGUUCAGUCUGCUUUCCAACAGACACUGGGAGACAAAUUCACCUUUUAGCAGGACAAUGACCUAAAACACAAGGCCAAAUAUACACUGGAGUUGCUUACCAAGACGACAUGAGGGGCCAAGUUAGAGUUUUGACUUAAAUCGGCUUGAAAAUCUAUGGCAAGACUUGAAAAUGGCUGCCUAGCAAUUAACAACAACCAACUUGACAGAGCUUGAAGAAUGUUUAAAAUAAUAAUGUGCAAAUAUUGCACAAUCCAGAUGUGCAAAGAUCUUAGAGUCUUACCCAGAAAUACUUGCAGCUCUAAUCGCUGCCAAAGGUGAUUUUCAAUUAAUUAGCAAACAUUUCUAAGAACAUGUUUUCACUUUGUCAUUAUGGGGUAUUGUGUAGAUGGGUAAAAAAAAUAAUAAUAUUUAAUCCAUUUUGAAUUCAGGCUGUAACAACAAAUUGUGGAAUAAGUCAAGGGGUAUGAAUACUUUCUGAAGGCUCUGUAUGCCUCUUAGAGAAAUGAAUGACCGGAGUGAUCUAGUUAGAGCUAACAUUAGGGAUAAUUGGGUGUCUGGUAUUAGGCCUAGGUGGUAUAAAGACUAGAUAAAUUCGUAUCUGCUGUAGAUUGUAGCCAUCUGAUUUUCAGGGUUAAAUUGGUAUCAUGGGCCCUACAGCAGGGUGCAACAUUACAGAAUGUUCAGUGAGAUACUGUAUGUAUUCUGUAGAACAGAUAUGAAGCUUUCAUGUUGUAGAGUAGGAAAUUGGGUCAACUCAAUUCAUGUUAUUUUUAUUUGCAGCAUUCUGAACGUUUGAAUAUGAAUUUCUUGUAUAGGGCUUUUUUCAGCGUUACAUCGAAGUAUGGAAUCGAACAGGUAUGAAACAUGGUUAUCUGACAUCUGGUGACAAGCCUCUCCAUACAGUUUUGCCUCAGUCUGAACAGCUGUGAGGUAAUAUCCUUUACGACAACUACUCUGCUCUAUGUACUGAAAAGACCCAGCACAGAAUGGGCUUUGACUUCCAUUCCACUAGCCUAAGGGGAUCCACUCAUCCCAUUUGACAGUUACUCUCAGCUUCCGUAAAAUACACUAUCAAAGAGCAUUAAUCGAGAGCUACAGUAUCUUUCAUGUUAUCGCAGAUACUGACACAAAUGGUUUCAGACAGUUUCCUGGGGAAAGUGUAGUAAAGAUGGGUUAAACUGAACAGAUUUGAAAUAAUCUCGGUCUCCUAGCCUACACUGGUCAAGCCCCAUUGCAAAGGUUGUAGUAUGUUGUGUUAUGGUCGCAUCAUGAUUUUGUUUUAUACAGUAAAGAAGUGGAGAGUUUAGUCUCUGAUCAAUCAUCUGCAGACACCUCACACCCUUUCUCUUCCUUGAGCCCUACUCCCAACUCUUGUUCCAUGUUCUUCCUUCUUCCUUCAUUUUAGUCAGAUGUUCUGUUUUCGACUUUUGUUUCUUGUUUUCUCGUUUCUACAAUCGUAAAGCAACUUUGUGUCCUUGAAAACUGCUAUAUAAAUAUAUAAAUAUCAUGCAUUAUUAUUAUUAUUGUAAUUAUUAUUAUUAUCACUGACUAUGAGUUUUUCACACUUGCUACAUGUCCGUCGGGAAAGGGUCAGGGCAAUCUGGUUGCCUCAAUGACUCUUUCUCAAUUGUGAUUUAGCUCUCCUGGUGUGCUGGGUGGGCGGAGUUAGCAGUUUUGGAGCCAUUCCAUUUGUCCUAAAGUGCAUAUCCCGCCCACCUAGCACAAUGGGCGACCUGAAACUCAAGUCUUGAAUUGCUGUAAAUAUUAGUUGUAUAAAAGUGAUUUAAUUAGGCUUGAUUGAAGUGAAUGCUGGCGAGACUUGAGAGCACUUAUAGCAGAUAUGUCAGACUCGUUCCACGGAGGGCCGAGUGCCUGAGGGUUUUCGCUCCUCCCAUGUACUUGAUUGAUGAAUUAAGGUCACUGAUUAGUGAGGAACUCCCCUCACCUGAUUGUCUAGAUCUUAAUUGAAAGGAAAAACCAAAAACCAGCAGAAACUCGGCCCUCCAUGGAAUGAGUUUGACACCACGACUUAUAGGUUCUGGGUGGGAAGGCUCUUAACCAGCCCUUCUGUGGCUGUUUUAUCCCAACUCUCUUAGAUCGCUUCCUUUCCUUGUCUCCUUUCCUUUGUGACCUCUACUAGGGAAACGGACUGGGAAUGGUGUUGUAAUAGGCCUACACAACAUUUUAAUAAAAAUUGAAAACUCCUACAUUCCUCCCUUUUUAGUUCUCUCUUUCAGUCCUUUCAGAUCAGCAGUCAAGGAAAGGAAACAAGGAGACUGAAUUUCCUCUUGGGACGUAGCCAUGCCUCCUGUUGGUCUCCCAGUGCCAGGGGUCCCCUGAAAGCUCAGUGAAGAGGAGAGACCAACAGAACAGACUGAUUCCGCUGACUGAGCAGAGCAGAGCAGCCGCUGGUGCAGGCAGGCAGUGGUGGCUGGUGAGUCGUCGA